AUGGCCGCCUCUUCCGUGGAUUCGUUCCACACUGCGCCGACGACUGCCGACGAAGAGCUCACCGACGAGCAAAUCGAACAGCUCCUCGCCCGCGCCACAGCCCGCCUGCAAGAGAAGGCAAAGCAGCAGCAGCUCACCAAAUCCCACACCCAGGAAUUCAAAUUUCCUAAGCUAGAUGCUGGGCUGCUGGAGAAGCCGUAUGUGGAGACGAAGGGCGAUGUUGCGACUGUAGAUGCUUCACGAUUGCUGGAAGAGAAGCAUCGAAAGCAAGCAAACGGCACCAGAAAAGUCGAAGACCCGGUCACGGCGAAGAAAGCCGCAGCAGAUAAGAAGAAGGCCACGGCCGGCACUCAGUGGUUCGACCUGCCCAAGACCAAUCUCACGCCAGAGCUCAAACGUGACUUGCUACUCCUCAAGAUGCGUAACGUCCUAGACCCGCACCGCCACUACAGGAAAGAUGGUGGUAAGAUGCAGGCACCAGAGUAUAGUCAGGUCGGAACCAUCGUCGAGGGUGCCACAGAGUUUUUCAGCGGCCGUAUCGAGAACAAGAAGCGGAAGCAGACGUUCGUGGAGGAGGUUCUGGCUGGAGAGAAAGAGACUGGCCGCUUCAAGAAGAAGUACGGUGAUCUUCAAAACAAGAAGACCAGUGGCAAGAAGGCUUUCUAUAAAGCUCUCAUGGAUAAGAGAAAGGGCGGGGUCAAGAAGGCUUCGAAGGGUUGA